AUGUUCCCUUCAACAGUCACUCAUUUACUUGCUUUGCUUAGCUGUUUAGUAAUAAGCUCACAUGCCGCUCCUUACCCACCAGACACACUCCCUCCAAAUAACGAAACAACUAAAUGGAAAAGCCCGGAAUAUAAGUGGAUGUUUGAUCAUCCUUUGCCUAUACCUCCCGUGAAAGAACCGAAAUUUACUUACACAAACAAUGAAACUGGUGCCGUCAUCGACUACUACGAGGUCGAAGUCACGGCUAUCGAAAAGCAGGUGUAUCCUGAUCUCCCUGCUACUACCCUAUACACAUAUGAUGGCAUACAACCUGGACCGACGUUUAUGAUGCAAAAAGGCCGACAGGCUGUGGUACGAUUCACCAAUAACAGCCCAACAAACUCUUCAGUCCAUGUCCACGGCCAGUACAACCGUGCUCCUUUCGACGGUUGGGCCGCGGACUAUGCUUUACCCGGCCAGUACAAAGAUUACUACUAUCCCAACGCGCAGAAUGCCCGGACAAUCUGGUAUCAUGACCACACCGAGUAUCAGACUGCCACAAAUGUAUACAGGGGCCUUGAGGGGUUCUAUAUCUUAACCGACGAGGAGGAGCAAGCCCUUAACCUUCCAGCUGGCGAUUACGAUAUACCAUUGUCCUUGAGCGCGAAGCAAUAUGCCACCGAUGGCUCUCUCGUAGACGAAGAGCACAACCACACUGGUCUCUGGGGUGAUGUUCUCCAAGUCAACGGUCAGCCUUGGCCUUUCUUGAACGUCGAGCCACGCAAGUAUCGCUUCCGUCUGCUCAACGGUGCCGUUAGUCGAUCUUUCGAUCUGUCCCUCCAAGAAGACGAGUACAACAAGACUAUCGGUUUUGAUGUCAUCGCAUCCGACGGAGGUCUUUUCUCCCACCCAGUCAACACAAAUCACAUUGGGAUCGCCAAUGGUGAGCGUUACGAGAUCAUUGUCGACUUUGCCAGCUAUGCGGGCAAGAAUAUCACCAUGCUUAACGAGUGCGGUAUGACCGGAAACCUCGACUACGCGGCAACGGAUCGUAUCAUGCGCUUUAUCGUUGGCGACCAAAUGACCGACUGCACCAACAAUGGUAAAAUACCAGAAAACCUCCGGUACAUUCCGCCCGCACCGGAAACGGCUGUCACCAAGAACUUUACGUUCUCACGUAUUGAUGGCGAUUGGGUCAUCAACGGCGUGGGCUGGGCGGAUAUCGAGAACCGUAUCCUGACAAGGCCGACCCUAGGCGAGGAUGAGAUCUGGGAACUCAGACACGGAGGGGGCAAUGCAUCCCAUCCUGUUCAUAUUCAUCUUGUUGACUUCCAGGUCUUGUCUCGCGAGGGUGGCAGGAAUGUGGUGUUGCCAUAUGAGGCAGCGGGAAUGAAGGACGUGAUUUGGAUCGCUCCGGGUGAGGUUGUCAGGGUUGUGGCAAGAUAUGCGCCAUGGAAAGGUGUAUACAUGUUUCAUUGUCACAACCUCAUCCACGAAGACCAUGACAUGUUGGUGGCCUUCAACGUUACGCAAUUGGAGAAGUGGGGAUACGACAAUUCGACAAUCUUCAUUGACCCCAUGGAGCCGCGAUUCCGACCUAAAGAUGCCAACCCAGAAGACUAUACGGAGGAAGCGAUAUACAAGAAGCUAGAUUGGUUCUACAGUUUAGAUGCGUACAACCAGACCUCUGAAUGGGAGACCAGUUCAUAG